AUGACAAGCUUUAUUCGAAUUGGUUGGAAACCCAAAAAGUUAUGGCCCAAAAUAAGUCGAGUUACACAACUGGGACGUUCCGUUCGCUGGAGAGAGCAAUUAGCAGGAAAAACCUUUCCAAAAACUGAAAUAGCCACAGUCUCUUCCCCAGCUAUUGACACAUCAAGUUCAACAGCCGUUGCCACAUUUGGAAAUGAACAUUCACGACCAGCUUCUCCCGGAAUUGCUGUUUAAUAUAUUUUUAAAUUAU